AUGUCACGCGAAGCAGUCACUGUCAUCGGUCGACCGCAAACGGUCUUCUCGAAGAAGGUCUCUUAUCGUCCGAUCUCACACCCCUCUGUGCUGCACUUUUUUGACAUCUCGCCCAUGCCCUUCCACAAGACCGCUGAGCCCCGCGACGCCAGACCGACCCGCGAGUGGGACCCGGAUUCUUCCCGUUUGUCCAGGGAACCCCCGAACCCACGCGGCUUGGUCAUUGACUGGGAUGUCGACGACGACGCCCCAUUGGAUCCGGAUGAUGAGCGACUCUCCGUCCGGCCUGUCUGUGAUGCCGUGGUCUCCAGAGUACCUUCGAGCCGAUGCACCGCAGGUGGGUCUGUCAGCUCACAAGAUACGCUCGAGAAUGCCGGGCAGACUGUGAAUCCGUGCGAAGAGAGAUCCGGUCACAAUCAGCCCGUGCAGAUCAGCAAGACGGCGACUGCGUCCGCCGACACCAACGAGACAUGCACUGUGAUACCCCCUGGUUGGAGCUGUGGGCAGGACGAUGGCUGCUUGACCGGCGUGCCUGCAGAAACGACCGACCAAGAGAUCCGGAAGGAAAUGAUGGACGGUGGUCAUGAGUGUCGGACCGGAAAACGUUCCUGCUUCGUGUGCGAUACUGGCAGUGCUUACCGAAGGUAUCCCGACAAGAGCGAGCGUGACGGCAGAUCCUGGGUCGCAUUGGUUUCUGCCAACGCCGCCGCUCGAGCGAGGAAGUCGGUCGAGACGGACACCGGGGAGGCCCAAUGA